AAGUUAAUGAGAAGAAACGAUAGGGUGAAAAGUGUGUCACUUGUUCUUUAAAUAAAAAAGGGUCAGUUGAUAGUGAGAUGGAAAAUCGUUGACGUCAACACAAAACAAAACAAUGUCAUGCUUUUUGCCGUGUAGGCAGAAUUCAAACUAUCCCGUUCAACUGUAAAAGGACACAAAGUCAAAUGUCAACACCACCGUCUUGGUAGCCUACGACAUGCAGAUUAUGAAGUCUCAAGAAACAGGUUCGAGUUUCUUACAGAUUUUGCAAUUAAUUUUGUGAGUUGGACUUUACGGAAUAAUAGCCGAUUGAAGGAAAAUACUUGGCAUUCAGAGUGAGUUAUUUAAUGACAUUGUCUAGAUUUAGGCCAUAGGUCACAUCAACUAAUUGAAAAUGACGUUCUUCAACCAAGUAAAGUUUCUGCUUUAUCGUAACUUUCUGCUGAAGCGAAGGAACACCAAACAAACAGUUUACGAAGCCGUGAGUGUACUCUACUUCGUGGCCAUUCUUGCAGUUAUCAGGAAGACUGCAGUACAACCCAAGACGUACGAGGCCCUGUCUGAUUCGGAUCUACACUCCUUUGCCUUGUUUCCUCCUCAGACACAAUCAAAUGAAACAGCUUUCCUUGUUCGAAUGCCUAAAGAGAUUGGCUAUGUUAUUAAACCCGGAUCAAGUCCACCAGAAAGCCAAAAAUUUGUCGAAAAGAUCCAAAAUAUCACUGGAAACUUCAGCAUCAAACUGCUUAAUUUUUCUGAUGAGGCCGCUUUGGAAAACGCCCACAGAGCUAACCCGAAAAAUCUCACCCUCGGCAUGGUAGUGUACAUUGAUGCAAUUACGAAAACAGCCGAGUAUACAAUAAAAGUGCCUUACGACAGUGUGCCUUUAACUACAAGUGACAUACGUAGAAAGAAAGCCGACGCAUCAUGCAGAGGCAGCUUGUUGCAGCUUAUGUCAAAAGAGUCUUGCCCAGUCAACACCUACUACGCAUCUGGAUAUGCAGUUGUUCAAGCUAUUGUGGAAGGUGCAAUCAUUGAGGUCUUGGCUAAAACAUCUGGUUUUCUGCCACCCACUACUACAAUAAAGAUGAUGCCAAAACCGGAAUACACCACAGACCUAUCGUAUCUUAAGACGGUUGUUGGUAUCUAUAUGGUAAUAGCGUUUUCACCUUAUGUGAUGUUCCUUCUAACAUACAUAGUGACUGAAAAGGAGCUGAAAAUCAAAGAAUCAAUGAAAAUUAUGGGACUGAGCACAUUCGCCUUUUGGUUUACCUGGUUCCUGACGUACGCAGUCAUAAUAACAAUUGGGGUGAUAUUUGUCACUAUCAUUUCCAGAGUAGCCUUACUAUAUGGGGACAGUGACUACUUCAUAAUAUUUUUGAUAUUUUUCUUUUACGGCCUCUCCAUCGAAACAUUGACAUUUGUUCUAACCCCCUUAUUCAAAAAAGGAAGAACUGCUGGUUCUGCAGGCUCAAUGGCAACAAUUGUUCUUGGCACCCUGUCCUUUUUACAUGUCUAUGUCAGUACAUCAAAUGCUGUAAAGUGGCUCACAGGCCUACUUUCUCCGGUUGCGCUGUCACUAACAUUGAUGUCAGCACUGGAUGGCAAUGAAGGUGUAACUUGGAGCAACAUUGGCAGUAAAGGAGAUUUCCCAGUAUCUUAUGGCCUUGCAUUGCUGUUUAUUGACACGAUUCUCUACUUGUUAUUGGCCAUUUAUCUUGACUCGGUCUUUCCUGGGGAAUAUGGCCAAAGAAAAGAAUGCUUUUUUUGUUUCAAACCAUCGUUCUGGAAGGGACUAUCAUCAAAACGCGACCGCAAGCCUUCAUUGUUUAGAGGCCAUUCUGUAAGGCAUGAUGAACCUCAAGCUGAUGUGGAGGAGUUACCUGAACACAUGGCCGAUCAACUUGCAAUCAGCAUUCGUGGACUGAAGAAAAUUUUCAAGAAGAAGAAAGAGGAAUUGAAGGCACUCGAUGGUGUGAGUCUUGAUGUUUAUGAAGGGCAAAUCACAGCUCUUUUGGGACACAACGGGGCUGGGAAAAGUACCUUGAUAGCAGUUUUGACUGGGAUGCUUUCUCCAACUAGUGGCAGUGCCAUGCUUUAUGGAAACAGCAUCCGGAUUUCUGACGAUAUGGACAAAAUACGAAAGGUUGUGGGAUUCUGUCCGCAGCAAAAUAUCCUAUUCCCGCAGCUUACACCAAGAGAACAUUUGAAGAUAUUUGCUGGAAUCAAAGGAGUUCCAACAUCCGAAAUCAAUGAUAUGGUUGAGAAAACCUUAAAGGAAGUUGAUCUGUUCGACAAAAGCGAUUCAGUAUCAGGCACUUUAAGUGGUGGGCAGAAGAGAAAACUCUGUGUUGGUAUUGCUUUGAUCGGCGACCCAAAGGUUGUUUUUCUUGACGAACCAACAAGUGGUAUGGAUCCGAGUUCCCGCAGAUACAUCUGGAAGCUUCUUCAAGGGAAGAAAGAAAACAGAGUGAUAUUUUUGACAACUCACUUCAUGGAUGAAGCUGAUAUUUUGGCAGAUUACAAAGCUGUCUUAUCAAAAGGAAAACUACGCUGCGCAGGAUCAUCACUCUACCUUAAAAGUCGAUUUGGAGUUGGCUAUUACCUGAGCAUGGUCACUGAAGAAGACGCUGACAGAGACAAAAUUGUUGACUUGGUAACAGGCAAAGUUUCCGGUGCUGAAAUGUCAAGAGUCCAUGGCAAAGAGCUCAAUUUUAGACUUCCGAUGAAAAGUGUAGACCAGUUUCCAGAUCUUUUUGCAUCCCUUGAGGAGGCAAACCCAACGAACGAGCCUUGCAGUGCUUCUAAUAUAGGAGUCACAAGUUAUGGUGUAUCAAUGACAACACUGGAAGAAGUGUUUCUCAAACUAGACGACGAUGAGAACCAAAUAUCAGAGGGCGUGAUCAACCCACAGACACAGGAAUCAACAGAAAAUCUGGUUAUAGAUGAUGGUUUGAAGGCGCCUCGCUUGUCAACGAAUGAUGUUCGGGUGAAUGUGCCUGAAAUGCAAUGUAUUACCACUAAAGGAUUGUUAAUGCAGAUGUGGCUGCAGCUCACGGCAUUGCUUGAGGUUAGAUUCUGGAGCACAUUAAGAAGCCCAAUGAAGAUUUUGUUUCAAGUCGUCAUUCCACCAAUCUUUGCAAUUGUUGGAUUGGUAUUACUUCGCAAAACAGCAACAUCCGGGACAGCAGCUAUUGUAAAGGGCCUCUCAUUGCCCCCGUCCACAUAUAUCAAGCAAGGAGGUGUCGGUGUCUCAUUUAAAGAUCACACGGAGGCGCUGUUUCAGAACAGCACCAAGAAUAGUAUAGAAGACAUAAUCCAAGCCGCUUACAACGAAAGCCUUGGGUAUUCAGUCGUGGAUUCCAUAGCAACGGCGCCCGUACCUCAUGAUCUAGGGUUCGACGUUCGUACAUAUGACACGCUAAAUGGACAGGCUACUUAUGUUGUGAGGUACAACGACACGAGUUUAUACUCGAUUCCAGUGGGAAUUAACACGAUGAGCAAUCUCGAGCUGAUUGUUGCACUGAAGAAGGCAAGCCAUCAAUACUCCGGAAAACGGAAUCCAAUAUCAGCAAAGACCAAACCAUUCCAGUCCCUCAAGGUCCCUUGGACCUACGACAAUGAUGCGAUGGCCGCCAUUCUGCUUCUUGGCUUGACUUUUGCAUUUAUGCCCAAUGGAUUUUCAAUUGAAGUGGUCAAGACCAGACAGGAAGGGCUGCGUCAUCAGCUUCGUGUGUCAGGCGUCAGUCGAUGGGUCUAUUGGCUCCACUUUCUCGUUGGCGAUCUUUUAUUGUAUAUCAUCCCAACCGUCAUCGUCUUUAUACUCAUUGCUGCUUUCGACAUCAAGUCACUAAACAAUUCCACGGCACUUGGAUGCGUGUUUUUGCUCUUUUUGCUUUAUAAUCCAGUGUCACUUCUGUUUGCAUAUGUCAUAUCAUUUGCGUUUAAUAAAUGGGAAACAAUUCAGAAUGUCAUGGGCACAGUACUCAUGUUUCUAGCACUUGGACCCUAUAUGGCCGUGUCAAUUACUGAUAUGGUAUCUGGCAGCAUUGAGAUGGAAAAAGCAGUUUCCAUUGUUCACUUGGUCUUCCUCAUUCUCGACCCUCCGUACGCAGUUAUGGGGGGCUUAUACUUCAUAACCAGGAUUUGGAGGGUAGAAGCACUUAUCGCUCAAGAUAACGACGUCAAAAUACCAGCCAGUAAAUACUUUGAGUUGUCACUGGCCAAUGGAUUGCCCAUAACGUUUAUCGUUUUGACUAUCCAGCUGUUCUUCUACAGCUACCUCCUAGCCACUCUGGACCUUUGGUUUGCUGGAGGAGUAGUCCAGUUUCCUUUCAGUUUAUGCUGUGGAAGAAAGUCUUCUUCUGCUUCGAAAGUCGAUAAUUCAAGUGAAACAGAGCAGACAGAAAUGAAUGAAGAUGUCAAGGAAGAAAUCCAAACCGUUACAGAUCUUUGUAAUCAAGGAGCGCAGUCAGAUAGAGCGGUAAUUGUAGAGGGCCUGAGAAAGUAUUUUGGAAAAAAGAAAAUUGUCAAUGAUGUCUACCUGGACGUGAAACGCGGAGAAAUCUUUGGAUUGCUUGGGCCUAAUGGAGCAGGUAAAACGACAACACUGAAUGUGAUGACGGCUGACUAUAGAGCUACGACUGGAGAGGUUUUCCUCGAUGGACACAGCACUACCUCUGAGCUGGCCAGUGCGCUAAUGGGCCUUGGCUAUUGUCCGCAAAUCGAUGCCUUAUGGGAGCUUGUUACCUUAGAAGAGCAUCUGAAAUGUUUUACCUUGAUAAAGGGUGUGCCAAGAGAUCAGGCUGAUAAUCUUGUCAGGCACUAUAUGGAUGCUUUGAGAAUCCAAGAACAUGCUGGUACAAGAGCGGGCCAAUUGUCAGGCGGUACAAAACGGAAGCUUUGCUUUUUAAACAGCAUGUGUGGUAACCCAAACGUGGUGCUCAUGGAUGAACCAUCAACUGGAAUGGACCCUUCUUCUAAAAGAUUUCUAUGGAACGUGAUAAGUGCCAAUAUCAAAGGAAGCCGUGGUGCAAUUCUCACUACCCACUCGAUGGAAGAGGCGGACGCCUUGUGCUCUAGAGUUGGCAUCCUUGUAAAAGGUCGACUAAAAUGUGUCGGAACAACUCAGGAACUUAAGAGUAACUACGGAGGAGGCUAUACAAUAGAGAUCAAAUGUAUGACAGACGAACUGGUACCGCUUGCGGAUAGAAUGACCAAAGUUCAAGCUUUUGUUAAAGAGAUGUUUCCUGGUGCCGUAGAGACAGAAUGUUUUGGUCAGAGGUUGACCUACAAGGUUCCAAAAGAUGAUGUUGGUAAACUGUCUGAGAUAUUCAAUCAACUCGAAGAAGGUAAAAGAAAUCUUGGAAUUGAAGAGUACAGUUUUAGCCAGGCUACUCUUGAACAAGUGUUUUUGGAGUUCGCGAAAGAGCAGGAUGAGGAGCUAACUGGCAAGGAUGAAGGGAAGGGUAAGCCACGAGACAGCAUUGCUGCAUGAUUAUAGGUAGAUUCCUGGACAAAUUAUAACGUUAAUUUUACUUGAUUAGUAAAUAUAUAGCUACAAAUUGGAUUUAGUAUAAACUGAUUUCAGAGAACCUUUUAUUGAUUCAAUGCACUCGCUUCGUACCCAAUUUUCUCAUGUUUAUUUGAAAGUAGUUAUAACUCACUUCAUUUAACUUCAUCGACGUUUAGGCUAUUGUCAGUGGAGAACAUUUUCAAACAAGCCCUUAUGCAAACGUUUUGCUUUAUUUUAAUGUAGGAUAAUUAGGACUGAUUUUUAGGUAAAUCUUUGUUGUUUACAACGUCAUGUUUGUUGUGGAUAUUUUGAUUUUCGAAAAUUGAACUCUAAUUCCUAUGAUUAGGCUCUUUGGUAAUUUAAAAUUUUCCUGAUUGUAACAAAAAUUUUCCUUCAUAUUCAACCCAAUUUAUGCCAACUACAAUCUGGAAUUUUUUUUAUUGGGGCAAAAUUUGGCAUCGUGUGCUUUUUCAAAUUGUUUACCAUGUUCUGUUUUUAGAUUUUUUUAGCAAAUCGUUCAGUUUUCAUUCAAAAAUAUAUUUUUCAGAUUGUUUACAGCUCCGAAUAUUGAAUUUCAUAAAUUUUGAACUGUGAAAAGCAUACUGAAUCGUGAAACGUUGAGCCACUUGUAUCGUCUUGAGAAUGUCUUAACGGGUACUAGGUAAAUAUUGCAAGCCACGACCUCAAAUAAUCAGAUGAGUGCUCUCCAGUUGAGCUUCUUUUGUUGUAAGUGUUGCUCCGUCGCAGCUUUUAUUUCAGGACAUUGUCGUACAGUUGUAAGUUUUUUAUCGUUCACAAAUGCCCAUUAGAGCAUACAACCAAGAUACGUCACAACUUGUGAAUAUUUCAUCUCUGAAUUUUUGUCAAAUAUAUCAUGAAACGUAGAAUUACUCGUAUACUAUAUCAUGACAACAUAUCUUAAUUCAUUGCUAUGUACACUUGAAAGAGGAAUUAUUAAUCACCUACCAAUGAACAAUUUUAGCCUGCAUUUAUAAA